AUGAGGGCCCUGCGUUGUGUUAGGAGGGGUGUUUAUCGCCAGUCAGUACGACUCUGUUAUUUUAUGUCGCUGGAGUGUUCACUACGUCCAAUCACAGGUGCCUCCGCACGAUUACUGUGCCGAUUUACUGCUCCGACUUGGCCCAGAAAAAAUGAGGUGGAGGAAGGGGAUGUGGGGACGACAGAGUCCACUUCGCAAGAUGUGCGGUCAAUAUUUCGUAGUAACAUCGAAACACACUCCGAAGUAUCGCUCGAAUCCUCAGCAAGUCCAGCUUUGCCACCCAAAACUGCGGCGUUGGAUGUGUCUGUUCUCGACAGUAAGGGUAACGCGGUCCCAGUGAAUCCUGUUAAGCUCUUUUCUGAUCUCGACAAUCUACCUGAUUGGCUGUCGAAGGGACUCCAGUCGUCCGGAUUUUCAUGUACCACCCCCAUUCAAAGCUAUACUAUUCCAGUCCUUGACGAGGGUCACGAUAUGAUCGGCCUGGCUCCUACAGGUUCGGGGAAAACUGUAGCCUUCGCCGUUCCCGCCCUAAAAAAGUUUCAGUGGAGUCCGAACGGUUCACCAAGGAUAGUGGUUCUCGCACCAACAAGGGAGCUAGUUCAACAAACUGCGAAAGUGUUCCAUCAGUUGAGUUCGGGGAAAGUUCGUGUGUGCGAAGCGUACGGUGGUGCCCCACGUGAAGCGCAGGCCCGUCGGUUGCACAAUGGUUGCGAUGUUCUCGUGGCGUGCCCAGGUCGGUUGAAGGACUUCUUGCAGAACGGCGACGUGAUCUUUGAUGAAGUGUCGUUUUUGGUCUUCGAUGAGGCUGAUCGUCUACUGGACAUGGGGUUCAAGGUCCAAUUAGACGACAUUCUGGGUUACUUUUCGAGCCACCGCCCUGCUCAAACGAUGAUGUGGUCCGCUACCUGGCCCCCAGUUGUGGAGCAACUGGCCCAAGAGUAUCUCUCACAGAAUCGCUACGUAAUCCGGUCUGGAACUGCCGGAACGGGACUUCAGGUCAACGAGAAUAUUAAGCAGCACAUUUUCUUUGCUGAUGCCCCCGAAGAGCGCGUGAAAACACUUGUUUCUCUCAUUAAGGAGGGGAAAAUUGACGAGAAUACCGCUAAGAUGAUGAUAUUUGUCGAGCGUCAAACUGACACAGAGAAUGCAGCCUACGCGCUGGCCCGUAUGUUGGGGAUUCAUAGCAGAUGCAUUGGAGUGGUGCACGGCGGGAUGCAACAGCGGCAGAGGGAUCAUAUAAUGGGCAUAUUCAAGGAAGGACGGAUUCGGAUACUUGUAGCCACUGACGUGGCCUCUCGUGGACUUGACUUCCCGGAUGUAACUUGCGUUGUUAACCUCAUAGCCCCCAAGAACAUUGACAGCUACUGCCACCGCAUUGGUCGGACCGGAAGGGCUGGUCGCACCGGUGAGUCCUUUACCUUUAUUGGGCGUUCGGAUGGAUCUCUGGCGAAGGACUUGAUAAAUUACCUGGAAAAAUGUGGUAUGGACGUCCCUCAGCGGUUAGUGGAGUUUGCUGAAGAGCACGCCCAAGGGGAGGAGAUAAAGCGUAUGAAACGACCGUGGCGCGGUAGGCAGCAGCGUGAGGGGAGGAGCCAGUCGCGGGGUGGUCGUGAGCCGGCACCUCGUGACAGUGGUUGGUAG